AUGGCACCGGAAAAGAACCGAUUUAGCGAAAAUGUUUAUCGGUACUCCAUUCCGGUUUCUCCUGAUCUUUAUGCUCACAACCCGGACUACUUCUCGACUUUCAAGCCGCGAAUCCAUAAGAACUCCCGGGAAUCUGCGGACGCUGUGAUCCAAUGCCAGAUCGAUCUCUUCGGGAAAGAGGGAAUUGGCAAAGUCAUGGGUGGUCUGGACACAUUCACUGGCGACUGGACAGCACUUACGUUUUCCUUCUGUUGUCCUGACCGACUGGCCCUGGCUUCGUAUUUGGUAGACUUUGCCUUUGUCCACGACGAUGUGGAUUACAAGGAGACUAUCCAGACGAAAAAAUAUACGUCGGAAAGCGACGCUCGAGACGAGGCUCUCAGAACUGGCAGCUAUGCCCCAGAAUGGCUGAACGAGGGACGCAACGAACAGGUAAUUGCCAAGACCAUGUAUAAAUUGGUAGAAAUCGACGGCACGCUUGGUCCCAAGUUCAUCCAGCAGUGGGAGAACUGGAAGCGUUCUGAGAAAGAAUUUGUGGAGGUGGAGGCCCAGCAAUGCGACAGCCUGCAGAGAUUCCUUAGUCUCUGCUACUACAUACGGGGUUGCCAAUGGGCAUUCGCGAUGGCUCGUUUCGCAUACAAGCUUGACCUAACUGAAGAAGAGGACGAACUGGUAUUGCCGCUGACGCAACUUAUCAUGGAGGUUUUAACGCUUCAUAAUGACUAUUACUCGUGGGAAAAAGAAGACGCCUUCUACCACUCCUCGGAGGAUAAGUUGCCUAUGGCGAAUGCUGUUACUCUCUACAUGAAGUGGUAUUCUCUAUCCCUGGAGGACGCAAAGGCGGCUAUUAAAGCGAAAGCCAUCGAAAAGGAGGAGAAAUACUUGCUGGCCAAAGAGGAGUUUUUAAGCAGAGAUCCCCCGCCAGCGACCACGCGAUGGCUGGAAAUCAUGGAGCACAUGGUUGCUGGGAAUUUGAUCUGGAGCCUGACUUGUCCACGCUACCACAAAAAGUCUAGCAAUCAAUAUGUUGACUACUACAUGAUGAGGUAUGGGCAAGGAUAUGCCUUCCCCGAUGAUUGCACGAGACUCGAGACUUUUGUUGGGUUUCAGGUCAGAAAGGAAGUAGAAGAUACUGGGAUGAACGGCCAUCUCCAACCCAACGGGGUCAACAAGGACGAUACAUAUAUCGGACAUACUGGCAGGAAAGCAAAUACGUGCCCCGAGGACUUGACGGUCUACAGUGACGAAAGUCUGGCGCCAUUGGAUGAAAAGGUGAUCAAAAAUCCAUCCAACUAUAUCAUGUCAUUGCCUUCAAAACGUCUGAGAGAGAAGUUGAUUCGGUCAUUGAAUCAGUGGUAUCAGGCAUCAGAGAAAACCGUGCAAACCAUUGAAAGUGCCGUGGGACUCCUCCACAGUUCCUCUCUCAUGUUGGACGACAUCCAGGACCAAUCUCAGUUACGACGGGGCAUGCCAGCCACCCAUGUCAUAUACGGGUCAGCACAAACGAUGAACUCGGCAUAUUUUCUCUGCAUGGAUGCACUUCAAAAGAUCUACUCUCUGUCCCCCGAGGCGGUCCCUAUUUACAUCGAGGAGCUCCAGAGGUUGCAUCUGGGCCAGGCUCAGGAGCUCUAUUGGACUUACCACACCAUUGUCCCCUCCGAGGUGGAUCAUAUAAGGAUGAUUGAUGGGAAAACAACCGGUCUAUUCCGAAUGGCUGCUCGGCUUCUGCAGUCUGAAGCAACGACACAUAGGACCUUGGACAUCUCCAAAUUCAUUACCUUACUAGGCAGGCAUUUUCAAUUGAGAGAUGACUACCAAAACCUAGUAGCCCCCGAGUACACUAAUAACAAAGGUUUCUGUGAUGACUUCGACGAGGGCAAGAUUUCAUUCUCCGUCAUUCAUGCUCUGCAGGAAGGGGACCCUGAGCUCGAAAGCAUCUUUGAACAGCGCAAGCGCAGCGGCCAUUUUACUUACGAGGUUAAGCAAUGGAUUUUGGAUAAACUGCGUCAGAAGGGGAGUUUGGAGUAUACUUUGAGUGUUGUGCGGGAGCUAUAUGGUGCUCUUUGGAGGGAGUUGGAAGACCUGGAAGGAGUCACGGGGCGAAAGAAUUGGAUGUUGAGGAUGCUGUUGCAACGACUGAAGUGGCAAACGGCGAAUAUUGGAUUUGCCUGUCUGGGACUCGGUCAGCCCUUUGGAUUCUCGGUUGACUUUGUGUUUGGAGGGCUAUGCCAAGAAUUUCCUCUGGGAUGGAGAUUUGGAUACUACCUGUGUGCGGGCAUCACAGUGGUCGUGAACUUCUCCAAGCUGCCAAAGGACAAGCCACGCGAACCGGUCACGAUUCGCAGACUCCAGACGGAGACUGACUGGAUUGAAAUCCUUCUCUCUAGCUCUUGCUUGGGGAUUAUCUCCUAUGGGUUUGCGAUUCAACAUGCCCAAAACAUUGUCUUGCUCUGCGCUGCCGCUGCGGUGAUCCCUUCAUUUCUGGGCUGGACGCGCUGGCGACAGAAAGCAGGCAAGUCCGCAUUGAUUCCCAACUCCUUGUGGAAGAAGACGGGGUUCGCUACGAUCUGUGUGGUGAUUCUCCUUUCCUGGGCUGUUUUGAACGGCGCCGAGACCAUCCUGAGUCUCGCAGCCAUUCGAUUCCUACCCAGUGUCCUCAUUGGCAUGGUCCUCAAUCUUGCGACGGGACUCAUGAUCCAUCGCUUUCAUGCCAACCAUCUCAUCUUAGUCACCACGGCUCUGAGCGCGGUAUCCCCGUUGUCGAUGGCAAUUAUCAAUCUGAAAUGGCCGUGGUGGCAUUGUGCCUUUUGGGCCAUGUUAUUAGGGCCCCUUUCGGCAGAUGUGAUUUUUACCGUCGCCAACUUGAUCAUUGCCGACUCAUUCACCACCAUGAUGCAAGGUCUCGCGGGGGCUGUGUUCAACACCGUCACGCAGUUCGGUGCCUUUGUUAGACUCACCAUUUCGCCAUCAUCUCGAGCACCUUGA